GCACCAGACGGCACAUCGGAAAAGCACAGGGACGGCCCGUUUUUACCCUCGGCGACUCAGCCGUUGGCUCCUCACUCCAGGAACAUCGCCUUCGUUCCAUCGUUCUUUGAGUCAUUCAUUUAGAUUGCGUUUCUGCAACGAUUGACUGUUUCAAACAAUGAGUUAAUGGCUUUAUAGUAUCAACUAAGUGAGUAUAUGACGAGAACUGACAAUCGGCACAUUCAGGUGGUGUUGGAUCUUGUUUAUUCGUCGUCGCGUGGGUCGCAGCGAUCCAUCUAGUACGGGAAGAGGGUAUCCAAUGUGUGGUGGAAUCAGUUACUAAUCCGUGCGUAGCGACGUUCUAUAGACCAUCGCCAUAAUACUUAGUGUUGGCUAUUGACGUCCACUAGGAAGUCAUAGGGAGACAAAGCUGCGUCAUAUCGGUAAAAAAAAUUAGUCCUACUCGACGGAAGGUGUCUACUACUAAUCUGACGAGGCUUUGUAGGUAAGCAGAUCAACAAAUCUCUAGUGCACUUUUGCAGCGUCGAACUGUCACUCAGUUACGGAUUGUUUAUGUGUGUUAUCUUUGGAUGACUCUGAGAGAAGUUACUCUUGAUGUUUUGAGUCAGAAUGUUGGUGAAAUUCUGUACGGGAAUCAGUUUAAAACAACAUUGUACCGAACAACAUCCUUAGCAAAAUCUUUGGUGAUCUUCACAGUGGCCGAAUCGAUUGAUUCAUUUAGAGGCUGAACACAGCAGUAACAUUAUACAAGCAAUGAGGUCGAUAGUGAGCGCGUGAGGAUAUCCUGAUUAUUGUCAACGAUGUGACUUCACAUAGGAGCAAAGUUUCGCAUAGCAAAUGGCUGUUUCCUCUUUAAACGUCUUAUAUUUAGUGUAAGAUCUUUGCGUUGCCUUAUACGAAAAUGUCGCUGCUUGCGAGAUUCUUCGGAGGUGGUAAAUCGUCCGACGCCAAAUCCCUGUCACCCGCUGAGGCAAUCCAACGCCUUCGCGAUGUCGAGGAGAUGCUUGAAAAGAAACAGCAGUACCUCGAGACAAAAGUUACAGCAGAGCUUGAAAUCGCCAAGAAAAAUGGCAGUAAAAACAAACGAGUGGCUCUGGCGGCUCUCAAGCGAAAAAAACGCUUUGAAAACCAAUUGAAACAGAUUGACGGCACGUUGACGACGAUCGAGUUCCAGCGAGAAGCUCUUGAGAAUGCCAACACGAACACCUCGGUACUCCAGGUCAUGGGAGAUGCUGCCAAAGCACUGAAACGUGCACACGCUGACAUGGAUGUGGACAAAGUGCACGAGUUGAUGGACGACGUACAGGAGCAGCAGGAGAUAGCCAACGAGAUCUCGGAGGCCAUCUCAAACCCGGUUGGCUUUGGCACCGAUGUGGACGAGCAGGAGCUACUGGACGAACUGGACGCGCUUGAACAGGAAGACAUUGAAAAAGACCUACUCAAUAUCCAAACUCCGCCCGUGGCUAACGACCUUCCGUCAGUCCCAGUGCACACGCCCGCCGCUGCUGCCAAGACCAAGGAGAAGAAGCAAGAGGAUGACGAUUUGGCGGAACUCGCCCAAUGGGCGUCAUAGAUACAUAGGUGAUAGGAUAAAAAAAAUAAACAAAAAAUCCCACAACGUAAAGAAAGUAAAGUUAUCAAUGAAAAACGAAUCUAGCCUGCGAUUACUGGACAGCCUCUUCCUCAGCGUGUGUUAACCUGGCAAGUGUAGACUUUCGAAGGGGAAGUCUAAGGUCGAGUAUUUUAUGAGAUGCUUUUGAUCCACCUACACACAUACACACACGUACAAACAAAAUCAGAUGGGAGUCUCUGCUACUACGCUUUUUUCUUAUGAGAAACUACACGUGUAUCCAAAUACCAGAGUAGGAAUCGCCAGGGCUUGCAGUGCUUUGGCUAGUAUAAGGCAACACGUGAAACGAUCAGAAAAUGUAUGCUAUGCUGGAAAAUUUGUGGCCAAACGGCACCAACGUGCGUUGGCGAGCAAAAAAUAACAGAAGACGAUGACCAAUAGACAUGUAUCAAGUGCUUUUGAAAACCCAUCUAAGACCUUGUCGACAGACCUCCAAAAGAAUCGUAAAUCGAAAUCUCCUUGUCGCAUACACAUAGUUUCCAGCAUUUCUGAUAUGAAAAAAUUAAGAGCUUUCGGCCCUGGUUGCUGCCAUAGAAACAGACGUGAAUAUGAAGACACGCAAAAGCCAUGUGUGUCCAUAUCUAUAGUGUUCGGUCAUGGCGGGAGAAAAAUGCGAAAAAGCUGGAAGGCAAGGGUGUGAGCUAACAGCUGUCGAUAUGGAUGCGAUUGUUGAAUCUGUUAGGUAAUCUAUUAACAACAAUACAGCAACAACACGAACAAUAACAAUGCUGACAAAACAGUAAUAGAGAGCACGUGAAUAAUAAUUAAAUGUAUAAAGCUUUCAAAAUGUGUGAUGAUAUUUUGUUUGACUGCAUAACGGAUCGUUUUAAAUUCGUAAUUUAAUUACGAGAAGAUCAUUGAUACAGUAGAAUAGGGGAAUAUCUUCAAAAUUGUAUUCAAGAAAUUUUAAGCAUAUGAUUAGUUGAGGCUUUGAGUAAAUGCAUUCCAAUAUUCAUCAACAUUAUUUGACAGAAUUGGUAUCCGCCAGCGAGUCGAUAGACUGAUAUAGGUACCAUGAAUUACUGGUUCGUUAUUCUUUAAUAUAAAAGUGGUAUUAAUUUAUGCAGUACAUCGUAAUGAUAACGAUAGAAUAACUGUGGAGUUAUAUUAAUAAAGGAUGUCUUCGAUGAGCAGCA